CUGCUACUUAGUUUCGUGUGCUGCUCAGCUUCUGAUUCUUCUUUCCAUCAUCACCACACGCACACGCGCGCCCACAGUGUGAGCAGGAGGGCUCCGCUGUAAUAAACUUUUGCUCACUUCUUGCUUUUUGUGGACAAUCGGCAAGACUGGAGGUGACGGAGGCGCUCACCUCUCGCGUCGACAGUACCGCGGUGGUGGUGGUGGCGCCGCUGGGCCACGUCAUGGACAUGGAGCACUUCGACGACCGCGCUCAGCGCCACGGCAGCCGUGCAGGAUCGGGAUCCGCGGCCGGGGUCGGCGCGGGGGCCGGGAGCGGGGCGCGCGUCAACGGCGUGCAGAGCCCCACGCACAGCGCGCACUGCAGCCUGUUCCGUGCGCCGCGGAGCCUCAAGGCCCUGAGCGCCGAGAAGCGCGCCAAGAAGGUGCGCUUCUACCGCAACGGCGACCGUUUCUUCCACGGCAUUGUCUACGCCGUGUCGACCGACCGCUUCCGCACUUUCGACGCGCUGCUGGCCGACCUGACCCGCGCCCUCUCGGACAACGUAAACCUGCCGCAGGGGGUGCGCACCAUCUACACGCUGGACGGAACCGGGCGCGUCGGCAGUAUUGAUCAACUGGUCGAAGGCGAAAGCUACGUAUGCAGCUCUGUGGAAGCAUACAAAAAAGUGGAUUACACCAAAAACGUCAACCCCAACUGGUCGGUGAACGUUAAGGCGUCGGGCGUUGCCUCGGCCCGUGGGCCCCCCUCCCUGGGCAGUGCCAAGACGAGCCCCUCGGGGAUGGGUGGCGUCGGCCUGCCCGAGAGCCGCGAGAACAAGGACUUCGUUCGACCCAAGCUGGUGACGGUGGUGCGCAGCGGCAUGAAGCCCCGCAAGGCCAUCAGGAUUCUGCUCAACAAGAAGACGGCGCAUUCAUACGAGCAGGUGCUCACCGACAUCACCGAUGCCAUUAAACUCAACUCUGGAGUGGUCAAGAAGAUCUAUACGCUGGAGGGGAAGCUGGUGACAUGUCUGCAGGAUUUUUUCGGCGACGAGGACGUGUUUGUGGCAUGUGGACCCGAGAAGCUGCGUUUUCAGGACGACCUCAUGUUAGAUGAGACUGAGUGUCGCAUCAUGCGGCCGAUGAACUACGGCAAGAUGUCUUCCAUCCGAGGUUCCCCAAAAGCUUUGAUCCAAACCCGACGGAGCAAGUCGCCCAUGUCCGUGAACGGGACGCCGGCCAGUCAGCUGUCCACGCCGCCGCAGACGGCAAAGUCUCCCAGCCCCUCCCCGGCCAGCCCGGCCAGCCUCAGCCAACAACAACAACAACAACGGCGGGGUUCUCGUGGCUCCUCCUCCUCUCUGUCUUCCACUCAAGCGCCCAGCCCAGCGAACAGCGACGAAGAAGUUGUCGCGGACGAGGUACCGGCCGUCCCGUCGUACAUCUCGGAGCGCUACAAGGUGGGCCGCAUGCUGGGCGACGGCAAUUUCGCGGUGGUCCACGAGUGCGCGGAGCACUCGACGGGACGCCAUUACGCGCUCAAGAUCAUCAACAAGGGCAGAUGCAGAGGCAAGGAACACAUGAUCCAGAACGAGGUGGCCAUCCUGCGGAGAGUCAAGCAUCCCAACAUCGUUCUGCUCAUUGAGGAGGUGGACACGUACGGCGAGCUCUACCUGGUCAUGGAGCUGGUGAAGGGGGGAGACCUGUUUGACGCCAUCACCUCGGCCAACCACUACACGGAGAAGGACGCCAGCGGCAUGCUCUACAACCUGGCCAACGCCAUCAAAUACCUCCACAGCCUCAACAUCGUGCACCGGGACAUCAAGCCCGAAAACCUUCUGGUGUACGAGCAUGCAGAUGGCAGUAAGAGCCUCAAAUUGGGAGACUUCGGUUUGGCCACUGUGGUGGACGGACCUCUUUACACCGUCUGCGGGACGCCCACAUAUGUAGCACCUGAGAUCAUUGCAGAAACCGGGUACGGGCUGAAAGUGGACAUCUGGGCGGCCGGCGUGAUCACUUACAUCCUGCUGUGCGGUUUCCCGCCUUUCCGAGGGAGCAGCGAGGAUCAGGAGGUUCUGUUUGACCAGAUUCUGAUGGGCCAGGUGGAAUUUCCUCUGCCGUACUGGGACAACGUGUCCGAUACGGCCAAGGAACUGAUCCGAUCUAUGCUGGAGGUGGAAGUGGACCAGCGGUACACGGCCCUGCAGGUCCUGGAGCAUCCGUGGGUCACUGACGAAGGCCUUUGUGAGAACGACCACCAACUAUCGGUAGCAGGAAAGAUCAAGAAGCACUUCAACACCGCACCAAAGGAUGACGACAACACGCAGGCACUCAUUUCGUUGGACGGAAGCUUUUCUAUGCAGCGGUCCGGCUCGUUGGAUUUCCACCAGCACCCGGCCAUGUACUGGAUCAGGCCCCCCAUGUUGAUACGGAGAGGUCGCUUCUCAGAUGAGGACGCCACUCGGAUGUGAUGACUUUUGCAAACCCAUCUCAAAAAUGGUCCCACCCGAGCGCCAGCCCUCCCCUCCCCCCAUACGACUCUGACAACAUCUCCAUCAGUGCUGAAGAGGGCGGGAACACCUUCCUUGGAGUUCCUGUAAAACUUUGAUGCAAAAAAAAAACUUCAGAGAAUUCUUUCCAAGAGAAGGUUGUUUUUUUGUAAUCAAUUUUAUUUAUCCAGGUUGUCUCACCCAACAUCUGUCAUUUCCCUUCUAUGAUGGAACAUCCUUGGCAAUAUGGACCUAUGAACUUCAUCUUGUUUUUUACACACAUACAUACAGAUACAGUAUAUACACACACACACAUACAUCAUACCUAUUUCCCCUUUUUUUUCCCCACAAAAAUUUUGUUGUCCAGCAAUUUGAUGGAAGGAAGUAGGCAUUUUUCGCAGUAGGCAUGCGUAGACGUUGAUGAUUAAAAACGUGACGUAGGCGCUUUUCUUAGAAAAUCCGUCGAAAAACAGGAACAAAGACGACGUAUCGGUGUUGCCCUGCUGACGGAUGUCACGUUCGGUCGCCAUUCGUACGUUUGAGUGCCGCUUCAUUUACUACUGGUGUGUAGCAAACAUGUUUACAUGAUUCCCCCCCCCCCCUCCUCUCUCUCCACCCCCCACAAAAGGCCUCGCCCUGAAGCAGCAGACAAAGGUGUAACCUCGCUGAUGUCAAACACAUGCAGAACCAGCAGCACUCAAGUGGAUUUGCGCCACCUGGAAAAAAAAAACCUCAUUCAUCGCCAUUCUUUCUUUGUUUUGCGGAACAGACACACCGUAGCUUAUAAUAAUGUCUAUGAUCUGUUAAAAUAAAUGUUUUUUUU